AUGUUGUUGUACAAAGAUGGUAAAGAUGAGGAGACCCACUAUCAGGUGUUUGUUGGCAAUUGGGAGUCUAUUAUCCGGCACAACGAGGAGGCGGACUACGGUAUAUAUCCCUAUAGGGUAGCCGUCAACCAGUGGGCGGAUAUGACUACCGAAGAGUACUUGAAUACUGCAACCGGUUUUAGGCCUGACCUCAAACACACGGCUAAUAAUUCUGAUGAUGUAUACCGAGGUAGCACUGGACACGUACCAGAUAGAUAUAACUGGGUACUUAGGGGCGCAGUCACAUCCGUUAAGUAUCAGAGAAAUUGUGCCUCGAGUUGGGCUUUCAGUGCAAUCGCCGCCAUUGAAAGUCAGCUGGUAAUAAGCACCGGGAAAAAGGUGGACCUCUCGGAGCAAAAUCUCAUCGAUUGCUCGGAAAACCAGGGAACUAAGGGCUGUAGUGGGGGCACACCGGACAGGGCAUACCAGUAUGUCAUACAAAAUGGGGGUCUGGACUCCACCGCCUCCUACCCCUACAAAGGUCUCAAAAACGCGUGUCAUUACAAACCGGACAAAAGCGCUGUCAUAACCGGCUAUAAGUCGGUACAGGCGGGCAAUGAGGAGGCGCUCAAGGAUGCCGUCUAUAACAUCGGUCCCAUAUCCGUGGCUAUAGACGCCUCGCCCUUUGGUUUUCAGUUUUACAGCACCGGUAUCUUUGAGAGCACGGAGUGUAGUAAUAGUCGGGAUAAACUGAAUCACGCGCUCACUAUCACGGGCUAUGAUGUGGACGGUAGGCGCGACAUAUGGUUUGUGAAAAACUCGUGGGAUCGGACUUGGGGUGAGGCCGGGUAUGGCGUAAUGAGUAGGAAUAAGGGUAAUCAAUGUGGAAUUGCCACCUCUGCAACUUAUCCGACGGGUGUACAGGCUAAUUUGAACAAAAUGCUGGUGUAUUAA